AUGGUUAGAGGAAUUAAUGAUAAUUUGGCCAUGAAAACUGAGCAAAUGGCGUUGGCUAAUUUGAUAGAUUAUGAUAUGAAUGAACUUAAGAUCGCUUUGACAUCGCUAAUUCAUGAUGCUGCUAGACUCAAUGGUCACGGAGGAUUCGGAACUCAUUUUCUCAAAUGGCUUGCUUCAUUUGCUGCUAUUUAUUUGCUGAUCCUGGAUCGAACAAAUUGGAGAACAAACAUGCUAACAUCACUUUUAGUCCCUUACAUAUUCUUCAGCCUUCCCACAGGCAUCUUUCACCUUUUAAGGGGCGAAGUUGGUAAGUGGAUUGCUUUUAUCGCAGUUGUACUGAGGUUAUUUUUCCACCGCCAUUUCCCAGAUUGGUUGGAAAUGCCAGGAUGUUUGAUACUGUUGUUGGUGGUCGCUCCCAAUUUAUUUGCUUAUACAAUGAAGGAUGACUGGUUGGGGGUUGUAGUUUUGUUAAUCAUAGGGUGUUAUUUGCUACAAGAGCAUAUAAGAGCGACGGGUGGUCUCAGGAAUUCCUUCACUCAAACCCAUGGUAUUUCUAAUACAAUUGGGCUUCUCCUUCUAUUGGCUUACCCCAUUUGGUCGAUAUUCAUAUUCAUGAUGUAG